UCCAAACAAGCGCGCGCUGCAUCUGAGGACUUUGAUAACGUGAUUAGCAGCUCUGCAUACUUCAUAUUAAUUAAACCUAUCUUUAAAAUAUCGCUUAGCUCUUUAAGAUAUAACCAUUUAAUUUGACUAAACAAAUGGCAGGCAAGAAGAAAGAAGCGAGUCUGCAGGCUUCUGUCACAAACCAAGAGCAGUGGGAGGAGAUGCUUGCAACCAAAGGUUUAACAGUUGUAGAUGUGUACCAGCAGUGGUGUGGUCCCUGUCGAGCUGUGGUUAGCCUCCUACGGAAAAUAAAGAACGAACUGGGUGAUGACCUAUUACAUUUUGCCACAGCCGAGGCAGACAACAUUGAUGCUUUGGAGAAGUAUCGAGGGAAAUGUGAGCCCACCUUCCUCUUCUAUGGGGUCUAUGUGUUGAAUGAACAGGGUGGGGAGCUCGUGGCUGUGCUGCGAGGGGCCAACGCUCCUCUCCUUCAGAGGAUGAUUGUGGAGGAACUGGCCAAGGAGAAGUCGGUCCUGGAGCAAGGUGGUGAACGCAAAGCGGUUAAAGAUGAUGGUCUGGUGGAUGGUGAGAAGAAAGACGAGGAGGAGACGCCACAGCAGUCAGAAAAUGAAGAAAGCAUAAUUGUUCCUGCCAGUAAAUCCUACACAGUUGCCAUCAUCAAACCAGAUGCUGUUGCUCACGGCAAGGCAAAUGAGAUCAUUAUGAAGAUUCAAGACGCUGGGUUUGAGAUCCUGGCCCACGAGGAACGCACGCUGACUGAGGUUGAGGCUCGGGAUUUUUACCAGCACAAAGCAGAAGAGGCUUGCUUUGAGGACUUGGUGCAGUUUAUGUCCAGUGGUCCAUCCCAUGUUCUGGUAAUCUCUCAGGUUGAGGGCUCAGCUAACAUAGUGCCAGCAUGGCGUGAGUUCAUUGGCCCAGCAGACAUAGAGGAAGCCAGGAGAAAUAAACCAGAAAGCUUGCGGGCACAAUACGGCACACAGACACUGUUCAACGCAGUGCACGGUAGUGAGAACAGCGACCAGGCCAGCAGGGAGCUCGCCUUCUUCUUCCCCAACUUUAGGACAGACUCAGUAACAGAGCAGGAUGGGGAGGAAGCGCAUGUGGAGAGGACACUGGCUCUUAUCCGGCCUGACGUUGCCAGAGAAAACAGAGAGGAGAUCUUGGCUCAAAUCCACAAGUCAGGCUUCAUCGUGGCUCUCCAAAGAGAAGUGAUGUUGACAGAGGAGCAGGUCAGACAGUUUUACUUCCAACAUGUUGAGGAGGACUACUUCCCUGCAUUGCUCCGAAGCAUGACCAGUGGGCCAGUGCUAGCUUUGGCUCUGGCCAGAAUGGGGGCUGUCCAUCAUUGGAAGAACAUCAUUGGUCCGUCUGAUGUUAAUAAAGCCAGAGAGGAGAGUCCUGAAUGUCUAAGGGCCCAGUUUGCUGUGGAGAACGAGCCUAUCAACCAACUGCAUGGCAGUGAAAGCCAUGAAGAGGCAGAGCGAGAGAUCAACUUCUUCUUCCCUAAACAGCAAACACUGGCAGUGAUCAAACCUGAUGCCAUGGAGGAACACAGAGAGAAGAUUUUGGAUGAGAUCAGAGACAGCGGUUUCUCUGUAACGCAGCUGAAGGAGACGGUGCUGUCGAGGGAGAUGGCUGAGGAGUUUUACAAAGAGCACAGAGAGAAGACUUUCUUCAACCAACUGGUGGAAUUCAUGUGUCGGGGGCCAUGUAUGAUGCUCGUCCUGACCAAGGAAAAUGCAGUGGAGGAGUGGAGGGCCACUAUGGGCCCCGCAGACCCUGACCAAGCUAAGGCGACAUCCCCAAACUCUCUGAGGGCCCGCUUUGCCUCCGACAUCCUCCACAACUCAGUCCACGGCUCCUCCAGUGAGCAGCAUGCAGAGGAGAAGAUCCGUUUUAUCUUCGGUGACAUCUGCUCAGAGGCAGAGCUCACCGGUGAUGGAGAGACUGACACAACCAUUUUAGCAAAAGAGCAAGACUAUCCUGCAGAUGAAAACACAGGAAUGGCAAGAUCUUUAACUGAUGAACUGUCCGAUGACCAUGAUGAAGGUAUGAGUAAGUGACUCACAUAAUUUGAAUCCUUGCAGCCCACAGACAGAAGGAAGUGACAAUCCAGACCACUCAAAUUGAAUCAGCACCCUUACUUGUUUCUCUUGUAUUGUGGGCUUAUUCUGUAACAUUAUGGAAAAAUAUCUGCCACUCCUCUUCAAAUCAUGAAAUAAACAAGACGACAUGUAUCUGACGUUUUAUAGACAUGUAGGUGGUGACCACAUAUUACUUAGCUAGUUGAAGGGAGUACUUGUAAACCUAUCGAGUUUUGUAAUACUGCUGACACCAGUUGACAGUUUAUAAGCUUUCUUGGCUCGCAACAGCAGCUGUAAACUCCAGACUAAGACCAGGAUCAUACAGUCGCAACAAAGCAACUGAUCAGUUCAAAGAAGCCUUUAGCUGAAUCUAGACUUCAGUUCAGUCUAUCUUUGAUUGCUAACAAUCUAUCAAUUUUACUACUACCAUGCUGUAAUUAGGCUUGGAUGGGUUUCCUGUUACAUUUGA